CUUACCCAAAAACAAUAUGAAGAUUUAUUAUGUUUAACUUCAGACAUAAAAAAUGAAAUUUACAAAGAAUUUGUCAAAUACCUUACAACUAUAUUGGAAGAACUUUGUAUUGAAAUAAGUCAAGAAAAAAAUAUAAUUGAUGAGUUGAUACAUUACCAAAGUAAACUAGGAUUUAUGAAAAAAUGCAAUACUUGCCAAACUGCUAAUAUUGACAAUAAGAAAUGA